UGUCAAACUGUCAGUUUAAGUGUCAAAUUUGGGAAGAGUGAAAAAGAUAUUCCCCAAUAUUACCAUGUCAGUCUUGUAAACCCUAAUUUAUUUGUUAUAAAAAAGCUGAAUAUGUUACGUUCAUUCACCAAGGUCCUAAACGGGGCCAAACUAAACCCCAACCAUCUAUUCGUAAUCACAAGAGCGCAAAGUGGAGAAGUUAAAAAACCUGAAAAAGUUGAAGUUUUCAUUGAUGACAAGCCAGUAUAUGUUGAACCUGGAACCACAGUUUUACAAGCUGCUGCCAUGAUUGGAAUCGAAAUCCCACGAUUCUGUUAUCACGAGCGUUUAGCAGUUGCUGGAAACUGCAGAAUGUGUCUCGUUGAAGUCGAAAAGUCUCCCAAACCUGUUGCAGCUUGUGCUAUGCCUGUCAUGAAAGGUUGGCGUAUAAAAACUGAUUCUGAAAUGACUCGUCGAGCUAGAGAGGGUGUUAUGGAAUUUCUCUUGGUGAACCAUCCGUUGGAUUGCCCUAUUUGUGAUCAAGGGGGUGAAUGCGAUUUACAGGACCAAAGUAUGGCUUUUGGUUCAGAUAGAUCCAGGUUUACUGACAAUGAGUUUUCUGGAAAGAGGGCAGUUGAAGAUAAAGAUAUUGGACCACUUAUCAAGACCAUCAUGACUAGGUGUAUCCACUGUACCAGGUGUAUCAGGUUCGCUUCGGAAGUUGCAGGAGUAGAUGACCUAGGUAAUGCUCAGUUACUAAUUUAAUAAUAAUAAUAUUGG